CAUUCGUUUCAACCAAUAGCAGCGCUCGUUACUAUGAAGUCUCUUUGUAAGUAACGCGCUUGCGUAAAAACAAAAGCGUUUUAUAGAGCUCACGCGGGAAAGGCCAUGGAUUCUCAGGAAAAAAUCCAGCCUCCUAAACAGCAGCCGAUGAUCUACAUUUGUGGAGAGUGUCACACAGAAAACGAGAUCAAGGCCAGAGACCCCAUCAGAUGCAGAGAGUGUGGUUACAGGAUCAUGUACAAGAAGAGGACCAAAAGACUGGUUGUAUUUGAUGCCCGAUGAGAUGCAUCUGCUGGUUUUUCUGUUAGAAUUAGCUUUUUUUUUAUCUUUGAAUGUGUAAAUACAUGAGUAAAAUACAAUUUACAAACAAAA